AUGUCUAGAAAUACUAAGAUGAAACAAAUAGCGGCUGAAGGUAUAGAUGACCAUUACCAUUCAGAAGAUGACGAAUAAUUCAAUUCAGAGGAUGAGGAAAUCAUUGAAGAUAUCAUUUUCCAUUAUAAGAAUUAGUUCACAAAGAAGGAAGUUGUUAGAAUUUUAGAUAAGCAUAAUUGGGUGGAAGAUGAUGUUUACGAUGCAUUAGAUGAUCUCAAGAAAAAAAGAGAAUAGAAGUAGAAUAAAGUUACAGAAGAGAAAAAAUAACCAACAGGAGGAAAUGUGCUAGUUAAAAAACAGUAGAAUUAAAACUAAUAAGGUAAAUCUAAUAACGAUCAAGCUGCUUAACUUACAAAGUAAGCAAGUUCUUCUGUAACAGCAGCUUCUACGAGCGGAGCAACUACAGCUCCUUCUGAUAAGAGUAAAGCAGGAGAAUAUAUAAAAAUAGAAAGAGAUGUAGUGAAAUUUAACUAAGCAUAUCCUAGCGUUGAAUAUGACAUCGAAGCAGAUAAAAAAGAAGAAAAUGUAAAAAAUAUGAAUUUAGUCAUAGUUGGUCAUGUAGAUUCAGGAAAAAGCACAUUAGUAGGACAUUUGUGUCACUUAAAGAAAGUUAUUGACUAGAAAUUAGCUCAUAAAAAUGAAAAAGAAUCAAAAAAUAUAGGAAAAGAAUCUUUCAAAUUUGCAUGGGUUAACGAUGAAUUUGAAGCAGAGCGCUAAAGAGGUAUUACAAUUGAUAUUGGUUACAAAGUAAUUUAAACAAAGAAUAAAAAUAUCACUUUCCUUGAUGCUCCUGGUCAUAAAGAUUUUGUUCCUAACAUGAUUUAAGGUGUUACCUAAGCUGAUUAUGCUUUACUAGUUAUUGAAGGUAGUUUACAAGCUUUUGAAAGAGGAUUUGAAUUCGGAGGCUAAACAAAAGAACAUGCUUUCCUUGUAAAGUAAUUAGGAGUUCAAAGAUUAAUUGUCCUCAUUAACAAAAUGGACACUGUUAAUUGGGAUAGAAAUAGAUUUGAAUACAUCAAAUUAGAGUUAACUAGAUUCUUAACAUCUAUCGGUUAUUCCGAAGAUAAUUUGAUAUUUGUUCCUAUCUCUGCUUUCUAUGCAGAAAAUAUAGUUGAGAAAUCUAAAUUACCUGAAGCAGGUUGGUACGAAGGAAAAUGUCUUAUGGAAUUAUUAGAUACUCUUCCUGUCCCUACAAGACCUGUCAAUACUCCAUUGAGACUUAAUAUUUAUAAUUCUUUCUACUAAAAGAAUAAGGGUCUUAUUAUUUAAGGAAAAGUAGAAGGUGGUGUAAUUUUUGAGAAAUCAAAAGCAUUAAUUAUGCCCUAAGGAUUGGUAGUUACAGUUAAAGAAAUCAAUAGAGAAAAUGUUAAGGUUAAAUAUGCUAAAGUAGGAGAAAAUAUAGAUGUCCAUAUUGUUCAUAAAGAGGACUGCGAAAUAAGAUCUGGUGAUGUUUUAUGCUCGAUUGAACACCCAAUUCCUAUUUCUAGAAUAUUCGAAGUAGAGCUCUCAGCUUUUGAAUUGAGCUAUCCUAUCCUGAAGGGUGCUUAAAUAGUUAUGUAUAUUAAUACUGCAAAGUGUCCAGGCUAUAUAAAAAAGAUCACAGCAAUACUUGAUAAAGCAAACGGAUAAAUAACAAAAAAGAAUCCCAAGUGCAUAAGAAAUAAUGAAUGUGCAAUUGUUGAAGUUUGCAUAGAAAAAGAAAACUGUAUGGAGUUAUUUAGUAAUUUCAAAUCAUUUGGUAGAGUUGUUUUAAGAGAAAAAAUGAAUACUAUUGGAGUAGGUUCAAUAACUAAAAUAUUGUGA